AUUGACUAUAGCUUCUUGUUUACAAAUUGUUAUCUUCUGUAUUUGAAGCUUUAAUUCUGUACAUUAUGUGGAUUUUAAUCAGAAAAAUAUUUUUCGAUUUCUGACUAUUUUCCGAAAAAUAAACUAACUCAUUCAAAUUAGUCUGUUAAAUUGAAACAUAUGUGAUAUAGUUCCUACAUCAGUAUUCAACUUGUCCCUUUAAUUUUGCUGUUUGAACUUGAAUGUGGAUAAAAAAGUUGCUUUAUGAAAUCAUUUCGCUACCGUAAACUAAUUAUAAAAUAUGUCAACCAAUACCUCAUCAAACUGUGCACACUGUGAAAAACUUGAAAGUAUUGUUAACAAACAGAAAGAUAAAUUGGCUACUGUUGAAUUGAGACUAAGAGACUGUGUUCGAGCUUAUAAAACUGUACUCAGCGAGAAGAAUGUUAUUCUUCAAAAUUUGGAGGCCUCAAAAGAAUUGUUUGCUAAACGAGGAGAAGAAGAGGAGAAACGUUUAGCUACUUUGGAAGAUAGUCUCAAUGAAUUGAGCUCGAUUUGUGGAAAAUAUGAAUCUGAAAAUAUCAAGAACCAGGCGUUAAUUGAAAAGCUUAAGCAAAAAUGUGAUGAAUUGACUCGACAAUUGUCUGCUCAAGAAGCGAUUGGGAAAUCUGAAACAUGCGAUGAUGAGGUUAAAAUAAACGAGCUUGAUCGUAGAAUUGUUGGUGAUGUUAAUGAAGUUCGUAAACUGAAUAACAAAUGGACUCAAACAAUUGCUGAACAGCCAGAAACAAGGGAAGAACCAGAAAUUGUUCAAUCAACUUCACGUGAUCAAGAAACACAAACAAACCUGGAAUUAAUGAAUUCUAAUCAUGGGAAACAAAGGAAAACUGAAUGUGCUAUUGUCUUACCAACUCACAGGGAAGUAGAAAUUGAAAAAUCAAAUGAUAGUCGACGUGGUUCUCAUGGUUCCCGAGCAAGCGUUUCUGAAACCGUUUUCACAGACAAUGAUUUCAAUCUAGGUGAUAGUGAUAGUCGUUUUGAAGUCUCUAGUGUUAGACCUUCGCUAAAUUCCGUAAGCAUGGUUAACCAGGAAAUGCCAAGUAAUUCUGUCUCAUUAUUCUAUGUUAAUGAGUUGGCUCGUAAAGAAAUUGAACUUGUUGAAACUCGUCUUGCAGCUCGAGAAAAUGAAUGUGCUCUUCGAGAGCUUCGGUGGAAGUACAAUGUUGAUACAUUCAAGCUUCAGAGUAAAGUUACUCGCUUGGAACAGCAGCUUCAACAAGUACAAAGUGACGAUACAACCAAACCUAAUCUAACCUACGUAAGAAAUGUUUUAGUCCGAUUCCUUAAAACAAAAGACAAAAAACAACGAACCUGUAUGAUGAAUGCAUUGCUCACUGCCUUAGGAGUAGACCAGAAAGAGAUAAAGUUGUAAUUCCAAUCGUAUUGUAUAAUAAGAUAAUCUACUUCUGGUCUGUUGAUUUAAUUCAUUCUCGAGCUGCUCAUGAAUGAUUGAUGGAAAUUCAAUCAAUUUUAUCACCAUAGCUUCAUUUGCUCUCUGUUAUCCCAUGAAAUGAAAAGUUAUAAAAAAAAUGUUUAAAAUCUGUUGAA